AUGUCCUCCUCGAUGCACGAGAAAAUAAAGGUACUUGUGUUGGGCGAUUCAGGCGUGGGCAAGUCUUCGCUCGUUCACCUCAUCUGCCACUCCGAGACACUGACCAACACCCAGUGGACUAUUGGCUGUUCGAUAGACAUCAAGCUUCACCAGUACAAGGAGGGCACAGCACAGCAGAGGACGGUGUUUAUUGAACUGUGGGACGUCGGCGGAUCGAGGAGUCAUGCAAUUGCAAGAAAGAUCUUCUUCAACUCAUUCCACGGAAUCAUUCUCGUUCAAGACUUGACCAACAGCAAAUCAGAGCACAAUCUGAAGAACUGGCUUGGACAGACGUUAUCUGAUAACCAGAACGAUAAAGAACGCUCCAACAUCAACAGUGCCACUAUAUCACAGGCUUUAUUUCCAGUGGCAACUGAAAUUGACUUUGAGUACGACGUUGAAUCUUUCAUGGGACUAAACAUUCCUAUUCUUGUAGUGGCCACCAAAGCAGACUUGGCACCGGAAAAUGUAGAUUCUAAAAACGAGCUAGUCGACCUGCUCAAAUGUGAGCUGAUCAGCGUUAACUGCCGCAACUCAAAGUGUUUGGCGCCUGGCACUACAAAUGCAGUGAAAUUGAGUCGAUUUUUUGACAAAGUCUGUGAUAAGAAGUUCCACACUCAGCCGAUUAAUUACUUUAGUCAACCAAUUGAAAAAAAUGUCUUUCAACGGCAACCUUCAGCCUUUUCCUUGAACAAAUAUAAUAAUCGAUAG